AUGUGGUCCAGGGUUUUUGUGUUUCUGAUUGGAGCUGUCUUGUUAUGUAAUGUUUUUGUUUAAGAUGUCUACAUUGCUGAGCUGAUGGUGGAGAGUAAUGUCACACUGGAUGCCCAGACCAUCCUGUCAGUUUUGAAUACAACAAGUAGCCUUCAAGUGAACGAUGGCAGUGGAAAUCUCCACACAGUGACCUUCUUAUUCAGUGAACUGGUAGCAGACUGCCUGAUUGUUGGAGACCAAUCCAGUUGCAACUGCUCUAGCGGGUACAUUUGGAGCAACGAAGUGUGCUACACGUACAACUGCUGCCGUGAAAUUACUUGCACACAAAAUGUGUCCUACAUCACACCACUCUGCGUUGCCAAAGUUCAAGUUCACAUUAACGGAACAGUUAUCAGUCAAUUGUCCUGGGAUAACACCAAAACUACCCAGCUUGUAACUGCCUUCGGAGGAUUGAAUGGCUUUGAGUACCUGAAUGUAACCAGUCAGGUAACAAGUCUAGUCAACACGAUUGCUGACUUUGAGGCAGCAGUCAGCGUCAAAUUCCCCACUUCUAAACUUCAAGACAUAGUGAAUGGCCUGCAGACCAGUCUUCAAGCUGUACUUUUGAUCGACACUUAUGGAAUAGUCGUCAUAGAGGCCCCAGCGAGUACAGUGUGCUACAAGUCUUCUCCACGACUAAAUUGUACAUUUGAAGAGAUGACGGACAGCUCUGGCUGGAACAUUAGUACGCAGAAUCAGCGCUUUGAGCUCAACAAUGGCAGUGUGGUGAAACUGAACAACAGCUGUUGGACACAGAAAUACAAUUCUUGUGUUACAGUUACACUUGAUAAUGUGACAGGCAUCUGGUCAGGCAUAUACGAGUGUGGAUUCACUAAGGGGUCAAUCAGGCACACAGCCAAGGCACAACUGAGUGUGGCACUCCUGCCUGAUGAGAUCAACCUGAAUAUCAACCCUCUUACAGUGGACUGCUCGACACAGCCACCAAGUGUUAAAGUCACUGCCACCAUCUUAAACAGCAUAGAGAGCUUUGAAGUUUGGUGGAGCUUCAGGGAUGAAAGGAAAGAUAAUCUAGCUAACACAUGUAAGACAAACCUACUUUGCCAGGUAUCCACCGAGGCACAAUAUGUUAAUGUCACCUUUAAAAACUCACUGGGUCAAAUCAAGAGUGCACGAGUGGAUAUCCCAGUCAUUUAUGUGGGUAAAUCAUUUUGUCGUGAGGAAAUUCUAAAUGGAGAGUUUUGGCCAAUGACCCCAGCUGGAAACACAGUGAUUAAUCAAACUUGUGCAGGGGGCAAGACUGGAUAUAAGUCACGUACUUGUAAUUCCCCUGACACAUGGCAGCCAGUGUUCUCCUACUGCAUCAGUCAAGAGUUAAACAUCGUUGUAAAUGCUGCAAAUAAUUUUCUGCAGGGCCUAGGGGCUACCCAGGAAGUGGCCAUGAAUAUAUUUGAAGGACUUAGGAACACCUCUGCACUCAAUUCUAAUCCCAAAGAUACCACGGCCGACAUUGUCGCUUCCAUCAAUAUUUUUGACGUGAUGGCCAAAGCAUCAAGGAAUAUUGUCUUGCAAGAUGAAAUCUUCCCUGAUUUUAUUAACGCAGCAAGCAAUAUGUUGAACAAGAGCUGGGAUGGGGUCAACCAGUCUGUUGUUUACCACAUGGCAUCACAAUACCUUGUGUCUGUGGAGGAUCUGGUGAAGAAUACCCAGGUCAACAAGAGCAAUGGAGUGGACAGUCAAAACUUAGAGCUCAAAUUUUGCUCAAGGAUUGACUGUAAUGUGUCCACAUUUGACAUUAGUGUGAAUCUGAACAUGACUACCGGAAUGAUGAAAACCAUUGCUGUGAAAAAUCUAAUGAAUAGAUUAAGAAACAAUUUUGACAACGCAGUGCCUACCAGCCUCUUACUAUCAGCCACACUAGAGGACAACAAUGAUUCGUCUGUAGAAAUUAAACUGGAAUUCCCCACAGGGCAGUGGAAUGGCAGUAAGCCUUUGUGCGUGUACUGGAACACCACAAGCAUGGACUGGUCGGGUGCAGGAUGCAUUGUCAAAACUGGCAAUGGUAACCGCACAUUCUGCGUGUGCAACCACCUGACUUCAUUCUCUGUGCUCAUGUCCAAGGGUGAUAUAUCUACUAAUGUCCUAGAUAUCAUUACCAAUGUGGGCCUGGGUGUGUCCGUCUGCUCCUUACUGAUCUUCCUCACCAUUGAGUUUCUAGUGUGGUCAGUUGUGGUCAAGACCAACCUUUCACAUUUCCGUCACACAGCCCUGGUGAACAUUGCCGUGUUUCUUUUGCUCGCUGAUUGUAGUUUCUUGGCUUCCACCUCUCCUGGGGUCCUCAGCAGCUCCUGGUGCCUAAGUCUGACCGUGUGCAAACACCUGUUUUUCUUAGCCAUGUUCUCCUGGAUGCUGUGCCUGAGUGUCAUGCUUGUCCACCAGCUCAUCUUUGUCUUCAGCCCGCUGAGGAAAAGAGUCUUCAUGUUCCUCUCCAGCAUCAUGGGCUAUGUUUGUCCAAUCCUAAUAGUGGGAUCCAGCUACGUCUAUUGCAAAUACACCAACCAAUCCUACUAUGAUCCAAAAACAUGCUGGUUAGUUUUUGAAGGACUCUUGGUGGGCUCCAUUCAUGCUUUCCUCCUCCCAGUCGGAACUGUUAUUUUUACGAAUCUUUUUUCCAUGGUGGUCGUCAUUGUGACUCUGUUGAAGUCCUCGGUCCCUGACGCCAGCAAGGCAGAUGACAAGGAGACAGCCAAAAGCAUCCUUAAAGUGGUGGUUUUUCUAACACCUGUUUUUGGAAUAACUUGGGGUAUUGGCUUUGCUCUGCUCAUGUUGAAAAGGGACAAUCCUUUUUUUACUAUUGCUAACUACAGUUUCACCAUCCUCAAUUCCUUUCAGGGCUUUUUCAUUUUGCUAACAGGCUGUUUUACAGAGCAGAAGGUUCGAGAGGAACUGUUAAGGAUCAUAACGGCAAAAUCAAAAGGGAAAGAUGACAGCACGAAGAACUUGACUUCAACCACAUACACAAAAGACAAAUGAAGACAGAGAUUGCGGAGACGGAAUCAUCAACUCACGUGUAUGCAGCUCCACAAGAGAACACAUCUUAGAGUUUGCUUUGUGUUAAAUUAUAGUUCCUAGACAGUUACAAAGGUAUAGAUGGUUGUCCUAAAAACACGUUUAUUGUUAUUUAAAGCUUAUUAAAUAGAGCACUGAUGUUUUGAUAUAAUUAAUUAUUAGUAGUAGUACAGGCAUUGACUCUCAUCAUCCUCAGGUGACAGAGAUUUUACAUGCUCCAGGGAGUAAUACGUAAAUCUAGUUAAUAUAUACAUUGUUUUUCUUAAGGGUAAAGUACAUACAGAU